AUGGCUGGCAGUCCAAAUACAUCCGACGAGGCCGUGGACCGAGCAGCAGCGUCACUGCGCGCCGCCUCAUCCGGCGGUUUCGCACCGUUGGUUGAGCUCCUUCUCAAGAGGCACGAAAAGUCGUUUCCCGACGUGUUCAAAGACAAGAUCCUUAACGGCAAGGACAAGGACGGGGCCGGCCCCUUGUUCUCCGCCGCCUUUGUCGGCCAUGCUGAUGUGAUCGAGGUACUCCUUGCUCAGAAGGGCAUCGACGUCAACCUGAAGAACACCAAGGACUGGACUCCCCUCCGAGCGGCGCUGAGCAACGACAACGAACUCGCAUCCGAAUUGUUGGUAGAAGAAGACGCCGUGACUGCCACCAAGGAGUUUCAUGUCAAUUGGAACCCACUCUGCCAUGCCGCUGGUGUCGGCUACGUUCAUGUCGUCAAGUCCCUUCUCGGUAAAAAGGGUGUCAAAGAGGAGAUCAACCUGCAGGACGGUGACGGGAUGACGGCGCUGUAUCUGGCUUCGACUAAUGGGCAUACAAGAGUGGUCAAGAGUUUGUUGAAAUCUGGGGCCAAACACAACCAGGAGAGCAAGGGGUAUCUUAUGCCAUUGUACGGGGCUGCCACAAGUGGUCAUGCCCGCAUUGUCGAGAUCCUCUUGGACGCGGGCGCAGACCCCAGCCCCAGGACCCAUGACGGCGACUCCGCCAUGGAUGCGGCCGUCAAGGGCGGUCAUGCUACCGUUGCCGAGUUGCUGAUGGACCACCUUGCCAAGGUGGAAGAGAGGCAGAGUGGCAGGCAGACUGGAACUGGUGCCUCAGGGGGUGGGGGUGGUGGAGGCGGGAAUGUCGGGGCCGGGGGAGGAACUGCCGUCAACAGCUAA